GACCUCCAAACAAAUCAACACCACCAGCGACACUACAAACGAACACACACACACACACACACACACACAGAAGACCGCCCAGCAUGGCCUCGUCCCUCCUCCGCACGACUCCCGUCCUGCGCGCCGGCCUCCGCGCCCGUGCCGCCGCCAAGCCCCUCGCCGCAAUGGCCUCGACGAGCUUUGUCCGCGGCAAAGCAACCCUCCCCGACCUGCCGUACGACUACGGCGCCCUCGAGCCCUACAUCUCGGGCAAGAUCAUGGAGCUCCACCACUCAAAGCACCACCAGACGUACGUCAACGGCUUCAACGCCGCCGCCGAGGCCCUCGCCGAGGCCCAGGCAAAGGGCGAUGCCAAGGCCGCCGCCGCUCAGGCCCCGCUGCUCAACUUCCACGGCGGCGGCCACGUCAACCACUCUCUCUUCUGGGAGAACCUCGCGCCCAACGGCAAGGGCGGUGGUGGUGAGCCCGAGGGCCAGCUCCUGACCGCCAUCAAGCAAGACUUUGGCUCCUUUGAAAACCUCAAGAAGCAGACCAACGCCGCCCUCGCCGGCAUCCAGGGCUCCGGCUGGGCCUGGCUCGUCAAGGACAAGUCCUCGGGCAACCUCACCAUCGUCACCCGCGCCAACCAGGACCCCGUCACCGGCAACUACGAGCCCCUCCUCGGCAUCGACGCCUGGGAGCACGCCUACUACCUCCAGUACCAGAACCGCAAGGCCGAGUACUUCAGCGCCAUCUGGGACGUCAUCAACUGGGGCACCGUCGCCAAGCGCUUCGGCAAAUAGAGACGUUUUGCGCGCAAAGAGAAUUAACAUGUUAAAAUCUAUCUCAAGUUUCUGGCACGAUCCUUGCUGUUGCCUGUUUCUACAUGUAUCCAUAAGUAGUACAUAGGAUAAAUUAACCGAAGCGUGUUC